AAGACACUUCCAAGUAAGGCUACAGAAACCAAGUUCAACUCACAGCACAGGUCACGCUGUAUUUACAGAAACCACAGCCAGUGCUGGGGGCUGAGGAGUUACGUAAAAGUUAACGGUUCAAGGGAAACCCCGCCUGCUUUGUAGUUUUUCCCUGCCCAUGUGAAACAUGGUUUUCCCUCCAUGACCUCACCGUUCUUCAAAGAGAUGAUGUUAACCGACAGCAUCUUUCCGAGCUCACAGUCACGCCUGAUGUCGAGAGCUGGGGAUGCCGCAGCAACUCAGCCUGGAAAGAGGAUGCGGUAGCAGUCCUGUGCCUGCCCGCCUCACCGCCGUGCAGCCUGUGGUCCAGCAGCUGCCCGUCUCCCUGCCCCAGCCUGGAUCACCGCCCCACUGCCCGUCUCCCUGCCCCAGCCUGGAUCACCGUGUGGCUGCCCGUCUCCCUGCCCCAGCCUGGAUCACCGAGUUGUUGCCCGUCUCCCUGCCCCAGCCUGGAUCACCGCGUGGCUGCCCGUCUCCCUGCCCCAGCCUGGAUCACCGCCCCACUGCCCGUCUCCCUGCCCUAGCCUGGAUCACCGUGUGGCCCCCAUCUCUCUGCCCCAGCCUGGAUCACCGUGUGGCCCCCAUCUCUCUGCCCCAGCCUGGAUCACUGCGUGGCUGCCCGUCUCCCUGCCCCAGCCUGGAUCACCGCCCCACUGCCCGUCUCCCUGCCCCAGCCUGGAUCACCGCGUGGCUGCCCGUCUCCCUGCCCCAGCCUGGAUCACCGUGUGGCCCCCAUCUCUCUGCCCCAGCCUGCAUCACCGCGUGGCUGCCCGUCUCCCUGCCCCAGCCUGGAUCACCGUGUGGCUGCCCGUCUCCCUGCCCCAGCCUGGAUCACCGCGCGGCUGCCCGUCUCCCUGCCCCAGCCUGGAUCACCGCGCGGCUGCCCGUCUCCCUGCCCCAGCCUGGAUCACCGCGCGGCUGGCCGUCUCCCUGCCCCAGCCUGGAUCACCGAGUUGUUGCCCGUCUCCCUGCCCCAGCCUGGAUCACCGCCCCACUGCCCGUCUCCCUGCCCCAGCCUGGAUCAUCGCGCGGCUGCCCGUCUCCCUGCCCCAGCCUGGAUCACCGCGCGGCUGCCCGUCUCCCUGCCCCAGCCUGGAUCACCGCGCGGCUGCCCGUCUCCCUGCCCCAGCCUGGAUCACCGCGCGGCUGCCCGUCUCCCUGCCCCAGCCUGGAUCACCGAGUUGUUGCCCGUCUCCCUGCCCCAGCCUGGAUCACCGAGUUGUUGCCCGUCUCCCUGCCCCAGCCUGGAUCACCGCCCCGCUGCCCGUCUCCCUGCCCCAGCCUGGAUCACCGCGUGGCUGCCCCGGCAGUCUUAGCCAUUCAGCGCUCUGUGAGACUUCGAGGAGCUGAGACGCCCCGUGUGCUGUCUCAGGGCAGGGAGACCUCAGUGGUGCCCCUGCAGGUCAAGAAGGCCCACGGGGAGGCUGAGGCGGCACCUGAGACAGUCGAGCGCUCCGAGGCCCCAGGCUGUGCUGCAGAUCUCCCGCAGUGGAGCUGACUGCGGUGCCUCUCAGGACACAGGGCCCAUUGUGGACAGCGGUCAGACACUGACCCAGUAGCCUCCUCCUCUGGCUGACACAGGGGGUAAAGUGACCGCUGCGGGGCGAGGGGCCUCCGCCCGGGGUCACAGAGCCCGUGCUGACUUGCGGGCAGGUGUCACUGCUGAGACACUAGCCCUUCCUGCUUCUCGGCUGUAAUACGCUGGUGACCGUGACGGGCGGUGAGAGGCAGACCGCUGCGGUCACAGGACCCUGUGCUUCCAGGAAUGACUGAGCACGAGGCCUCUGCCCCGUGAAGAGCCAAGCGAGGACACGGUCCUCUCUGCUCUGACCCCACAGAGCUCUGAAGGUGCUGCCGUCCCUCGUGUAACCCUCAACACGUGUCACCCCAGGAAAACCCCGUGCCCCAGGGAGUGAGCGCAGAGGCCCAGGACAGCCAGUGAGACCUGGCAGUGUAAUAACACGCUCCAGCAGCAGGUGGCAACAGAGGACUUCGCCAGCGAUUGGGCAGCCG